UUGAAAUUUAAAAAUGGCAAGUUUAGACAUCCCCGGGGAUUCAGACGGCGGAACCUCUACAAACAAACUUACAGCAGCUCUAUCAUCAGUGGAUGCAAAUGCAAUGAUAUUGCGGUUUGCGGGUAAACCGGCAAAACAUACGCAGGGGGAGGAGAAGAAAAAGAAUCAAACACCAAAGAUAUCCAAAGUGAAAGAGUCCAAAGUGAAAGAGUCCAAAACCAGGGAACAAAGGAAGAAAAGUGUAGCCAGUGUUGGAGCAAAACCAAACAUUGUAAAAACAAAGGCUGAUGAGCCAGAAAGACCAGGAAUGUUGAAUGAGAUGGACUAUAACUCCCUUGACAUGGAGUUGGAUGAGAGCACCAUUGCCACUUUCAGAGACCUUUUCAACAUGCUAGACCAAUGGAACCAGGGGAUCAUCACAGCGGACAACCUGUAUGAGGAGUUGCGUCAUGUAGACAGUGAGGUCACCAUCAAUGAGGUAGAGGACAUCCUCAAGAAGGCCGACAAGAACAUGGACGGGACCAUCGACUUCGAUGAGUUCUGCCUCCACAUGGCCCACACUGGUGGGUCCCCCCCAAGUAAUGGACAUGAUGAUGAGGAGACCAAGAAAAAGUAUAUAAAGAGGAAGAAGCUGUUUUACUUGGCCAUCACCCGGUUCUCCAAGCUGACACUUGCUGACAUUGAGAAUCUAUUCCGCAAGCAUGCCCCUCAUGUCAUCAGUCACUACACGGCAGGUGUGCGCUUGAUUGGCCUGACAACCAGACAGAUGGAACGAGAGAUGGCCAAGAUGCAGAAAUCUGCAGCCAAAAAUGACUCCCCAUAUGCUAAACCGUUACAAUUUGUGCAUAUGGGAGCUAAAAAGAUUGUUCGUAGAGAAAAGAAAAAGUCCUACAAGCCCUCGCAAGAGAGCACCUCGAGUCGUGACCUCGCUCAAACUAAUGACAAGCCAGAGAGCACAGUAGUUGCAGACCUCAGUAAAGAGAUAAACGAAACAAUGCGGCUCUUCACUGACGGAGAGGAUGGCCUUGAACCAAAACAGAGAAAUGCCAACCUCAUCAUACAGCUCAGGGAGAAGAUCCACACUGCCAAACAGCAGAUGAUGGAAACGAAAGAGGCAGAUACACUGGGAGUAAACUCUCUGUCUCCAGAGCGUGCCAAAUCAAGCACUGAAGGAUCAGUGGGCAGGCUUCUGAACCAGGCAGAUGACAGCAAGAAAAUGAGGAAAAAGAAGUCAAAAAGUGCCCAUGGAUGUGGAAUGAGCAUGAGGCGAAAGUUGGCUGUGGGGUUAGGUUGGACCACUCCUCGUAUUCAGUACAUUGAUGUCUCCUUGCCCAGCCUAAAGGUGAAACUCAAGUCUGAAAAACCAACCUUCAACAACUUACACAGGAUUAGAGCAAAGGUUGAGGAGGCCAUAGAUGUAUACUACCACAAUAUGCGGCAGGCGGCAAUCCGUAAUGCCUGGGAUCACUGGGACCGGCUAUACGCAGACAGCACCUUGCGCAAGAAGCUCCAGAAGAAUUUCAGAGUCGUAUACAGCGCCUACUCUCCACACCGGGAAGAGGAAGCUUUUGUUCUCGCUCCCUGGAAACCCGGCCCCUUCAGAUUUAUCAGACACAUGACCAAGACGCCCAUGCAUGGCCUUCCUAACAACAAAGAAUUGUCGGCAGGGAUUUCCCACUGUCCCAGCCAUAUUAAGAGAGGCCCGAAUCUCAUGGUGCAGUCAGCCAAAAGCCACACCAGUAGGUUGGGCCUUGAGCGCAUCAGUCCCCUGCUUAGGGCAGACACAUCCAGUCCUCGACCAAUCUCCUCACUUGCUAACUAACUGUGACUAUUCAGUACCAGAAUUUUUUUUUUUUUUAAUAUUAACAAUAUUGUUAAUGAUAUUUUUUACCUUACAAAUUUUAGUGUUUUCACAUUUAUUUCUUAACAUCUACAAUACAUUACAAUAAAAUACAUUUCAAUUUAAA